AUGAACCUCGCCCCAGUGCUGACCCUCCUGGGGGUCAGCGUUCUGCUACCCUGUAUACCAGCUCUGAGUUGCCAAAGUGGGGUAAUAGAGGCUGUGCGAAAUGCCUCGGAGCUGCCCCUAGAGUGGAAAACUGGCCAGAAAACUUGUGAGGUCGGCGAGGGUUGCCAAGACCUGGUGAUGCUCCUGGAGAAUGGACCCCAGAUAAGCUUGGUGAUCAUCAAGGACUGUGUUAAGGUUGAGGACCAAGAGCCCAGGGUUACCUGGCUCAGGACCGGUCCUGGGCUCUCUAUCGUCUCCUAUACCAGCGUGUGUCGCCAUAGCGACUUCUGCAAUGAUGUAUCCAGCACUGAGGUUCUUGGGGACCUACCCUCACCCACAGUCCCAGGGACCCUGCGCUGCCCACUCUGCCUUUCCAAAGAUGGCUGUGAGGACAACCGCCAGCAGGUGUGCCCCGCAGGCAGCUCCCACUGCUACAAUGGAGUCCUCAGGCUCAGGGGAGACCAGGUCACCACCAAUCUGAGGGUGCAGGGCUGCAUGACCCAGCCAGACUGCAACCUGCUCAACGGCACAAAGGCAGUUGGGACCUUGGAUAUGCGUGAAACCUGUGGUCCUCAGUUGGGUCCACAGGCUCUGGACUGCAACAGUGUGGCCUUAGACACUAUACGGAAUGUGUCAGAUCUGCACCUGAGCUGGACAACUGGCUGGAAAACCUGUAAGGCUGGCCAAGGGUGCCAGGAAACGCUGAUGCUAAUACAGAAUGGACAAGAAUUUCACAUGGUUCUCACUAAGGGAUGUACCAGUGAUGCAAACAGAGAGCCUGGAAUCACCAGGCACAGAACAGGCCCCGGAAUCUCCAUCGUCACCUAUGUGCACGUGUGCCGCCACAAGGACUUCUGUAAUGACCUGUCUACAACUAGAAAUCUUUGGACUCCGCCCCCUGACACAGUCCUAGGCAACGUGAGCUGCCCACACUGUCUUUCAACUCGUGGCUGUGAACAGGCGGCCCAGCAGGUGUGUCCUGCGGACAGCUCCCACUGCUAUGAUGGAGUCCUCAGACUCAGGGGAGAGGGCAUUGCCACCAAUCUGAGGGUGCAGGGUUGCAUGCCACAGUCAGGCUGCAACCUGUUGGAAGGCACCAAGGCCGUUGGACCCAUAGACGUGAGUGAGAGCUGCAGCCCCCAGUCAGGCGCUCAGCCACUAGAAUGCAGGAGUGGGCAGACAGAAGGCCUGAGGAAAGUAUCGGCGCUGCCCUUGGAAUGGACAACCGGCUGGCAGACUUGUAAAAUGGGCGAGGGGUGCCAGGAAACCGUCUUGCUCAUAAUGAAUGGACCCGAUGUGAACCUGGUGCUCUCCAAAGGUUGCACAGCGGACAAAGACCACAAGCCCCGAGUCACCCAGCACAGGACAGGCCCCGGCCUCUCCAUCAUCUCUUAUACCCACGUGUGCCGCCACUGGGACUUCUGCAAUGACCUGUCCUCCACCCACCCUCUCUGGGUCCCACCACCUGCCACAGGUCCGGGGAGCCUGCACUGCCCACUCUGCCUUUCUAAAGAUGGCUGCCCACUGAAUGGUCCCAAGCAGGUCUGCCCUGCAGACAGCACAUACUGCUAUGGUGGAGUCCUCAGCUUCAGGGGAGGAGGACUCGUCUCUGAUCUGAAGGUGCAGGGUUGCAUGUCCCAGCCUGGCUGCAACCUUCUCAAUGGCACGCAGACAAUUGGAGCCAUAGAUGUGCAUGAGGACUGCAGUUUUCCAUUAGUUGCAGGGGCUCUGAAAUGCCAGCAUGGGACUUUGGAGAUCACAAAGGAUGUAUCCCAGCUGCCUCUCCAGUGGACAGCCAGCCAGACAACCUGUGAUGUGGGUGAAGGCUGCCAAGACACCCUGAUGAUGAUAGAGAAUGGAAAGCAGGUGUACUUGGCUCUCACGAAAGGCUGCACAACCAACAAGGACCAAAAGGCCAAGGUCACAGAGCACAGGACUGGCCUGGGGCUGUCUGUCACCUCCUAUACCCGAGUAUGCCGCCUAGGAGACCUCUGCAAUGACCUGUCCACCACAGCCCCUCUGUGGGCUUCAGCCCCUACCACAGCACCAGGGACCCUGCGCUGCCCACUCUGCUUUUCCAAAUAUGAGUGUGAGAAUCCACCCCAGCAAGUGUGCCCUGCUGGCAGCAUGCACUGCUACCAUGGAGUCCUCAGGCUCAGGGGAGGGGAGAUCACCUCCAAUCUGAGGGUGCAGGGCUGCAUGUCCCAGCCAGGCUGCAACCUGCUCAACGGCACCCAGAAAAUUGGAGCCAUGGAUGUGCGUGAGGACUGCAGUCCUCCGAUAAGUGAGAUGAAUGUGGGGAAAAGUACAUGCUACAAAGGGACCAUGUUGAGGCUUGGCGUUGGCUUUGCUAAGGAAGCUGUCCAGUGGUCUGUAUCGACGACCGAAGUGUGUGAACCUGAGGAGACAUGUCAGGAGACGCUCCUGCUCGUAGACAUAGGACCAAGGACACUCCUAAUAGGGAACAAAGGCUGCACUGGGCCUGAGGCAGAGGACGAUGUCGGUGUCUCCAUAUACUCCAGCCGGCCUGGAAUGCUGGUAGCUUCCUACUCGCGCAUUUGUUCCUCCAACCUGUGCAACGAUGCCAGCAACAGCAAUGUCCUGCUGAGCCGCCUCCCACGUCCGACUGUCCCUCCCCCUGGCGACCUUCUGUGUCCUGCCUGUGUGGAGUUCUUUGGCACCUGCUCUGGGAGCACCAACUUUGUCACCUGCCCUCAGGGCACCUCUCACUGUUACAAGGGUGACAUUGUGCUUCAGGGGGGUGGGGUGUCUUCUACAGUGAGCCUUCAGGGAUGCAUGUCCUCACCUGCCAAAACCUUACUGGGUGGCUCCAGAAACAUCGGUGUCUUCUCCGUAAAGGAGCUCUCUGAGGGCACGAAGGAUGGGCUUGAGGAGGAAAAGCCUCUGGAGGGAGGUGCUCCGGCCUCUUCCCUCACGUGGCUAUUAUGGCUGGUGCUCUUCUUAGCCCUUUGUCUGGAGGGCUUUGUCCUCUCUGCUGAACCCAUUUCCCUGUGACUCUUCACCCCUGUUGGCCCCCACACCCAGCUGCCCUCUGACGUCAUAACCUAAGACCUUUGCAUAGGAGAGUCGCUGAAUUCACCCUGCACCAUAGCUGACAUCCACGUGUUGUCCACGCCUGUGAAAUAGUAAAGUCGUUGUUGUUUCUCCGUG